AUGCUGGUGCUGGCGGGGAGGCGAAGCGGCCCGAGCGGAGAAAGCGCGGCGCGCCGCGGCUGGCUCAGUGUGACGAUGGCGCCCGCCGCUCGCCGUGUGCCGCCUGCAGCAGCCGCCGUGCUCGUCCUAGCGCUGGCCGCGGCCGGCGUCGCCGGGCACGCCACCGAGAAGACGAAGCGGCAGAUCUUCCGGGAGCAGGUGUUGCCGCACACCGGCGGCAAGAUUCCGUCGGGGGCGUUCCGGGCUGACCGGCUGGCGCUCAACAGGCUCAACAAGGAGGGCAUCGCCGUGCCGGACGGCAUCUUGCUGGAGGCUCGCAAGCGCCAUAAGGACCCCUCCCAGCGCGGAGGGUCCGACCUGGAGGCCGCCGUCGUGAAGGUGACGCUGACGGACGACGGGCGAUACACGGCGCCGGAGGGCCGGCUACACGCCACGCACCCGGAGACGGUCGACUCGACGUACAUCAUCCGGCCGCCCUUCAAGGGCUUCGGUCGCCAGCACGGGCUGUGGCCGCCGAAGCCGCGACCUGCGCACAGCUUCGCUAUGCUUGAUUCUACUGAUGGAUCAAAAAGCCAUAAAACUAUGAAGCUCGCCACUAACACAGAUCUAGAUGAUGCUGUUUACAAGUGGUUUACACAAAAGAGAUCGGAAGGAUAA